AUGGAGUACGCUCAAUACACACAGCAACAACAGGCCGCACACUCAGGUUACACAAACUCGGGCGCUCAAAACAGUAUCACCUCGCCCACAAACCACAGCAUCAACCAACACGCGGUGCAAACCUCGCCGAUUCUUUCCAACCAGCAGCAACCACCGGCUCAGGGACACAACAUGUAUCAACCACAAUACGGCGUCCCACAGCAGGGUAUGCCGCAAGUCCACUAUGGAAUGCCUGGCAUCCAGGCGGCCGCAAUGGCCGCAACCGCCGCUGCCUCUGGCUCAAAUUACGGCUAUAUGCCAUCCGACCCCAACAUGCCUCACAGCUCGCCCCGAAUGGGUGCUAAUGCGAAGAAGGACGGCCGCCAGUCCCCUCGCAUGAACAACAUCUCUCAAAUACCUGGUCGCCGAAUGAGCCAGGUCACGAGUCCCGGAGUACCCAAUGCCCAGGCCAUGAUGAACCACGCCGGGCCUCGGCCAGGUGUCGCCCCUCCUCAAAUGACCCAGGCGCAGAUGCAGCAUCCUCAAUCGCCAGAGGUGCCCGCAGGCACUGGUGUUGAGGAAUCACCCCUCUAUGUCAAUGCUAAACAAUUCCACCGCAUCCUGAAGCGACGCGUCGCUCGCCAAAGACUUGAGGAACAGCUCAGGCUGACCUCCAAGGGCCGGAAACCGUACCUCCACGAGUCACGACACAACCAUGCUAUGCGCAGGCCCCGUGGCCCCGGCGGACGAUUCCUUACUGCGGAAGAGGUCGCGGCUAUGGAGCGAGAAGCUACCAAGGGACCAGACGGCAGUAUCGACGGCGGAGAUUCUGUUGUGUCAACGAAGGCGUCUGGAUCCGCAGGGACCAAGCGCAAGUCUGAAGCCGACACUGAGACCGCGAACAAGAAAGCUAAGACAGACACAGCAAGCUCCAAGGAUGAGGAAGACGAGGAUGACGGCUGA